CGGAUGCUCGUUGCAAUAAUUGUAUUUCUAUAUAACAACAGACCAAUUGAAGCGCGACGCGAAAUAAAAUUGUUUUCCGCCGAUUAAGAAUCAUAACUGUGUGACUCGUUGUAACCUUACCUAAUCAACGCAUCUAAUCUGAGAUUUGAAAACAUUUAGCUUAACAACUGAGAUAAACGUCCUUUGUCUGUGCGAAUAAACGGGCGUGACAUUUUGUGAAUAUGUCUUAGGACUAAAAGUUUUGACAUUCCUCAAAAAAAUAUUUCGGUCGGAUCCAACAAUAAAAUGCAUCUAUAAAAUGUUGCUGCGAACAAUACACAAGUGUGGAAAUAUGUGCUGCUGGGGUGAUAGAAAUAGCCACAGCAAUAGAGGCGACGAAGACGGCAUGGAGAAGAGCGCGGACGGUUUACUGUUUCGCACGGAAAGAAACAACGGUGCAGACGAUAGUGUGAUGAGCAUCGUAGGAGCAAAUGAAAGAGUAGCCAUACUGGACGCAGGUGCUCAGUACGGUAAAGUGAUUGACCGUAAGGUUCGUGAAUUAUGUGUACAUAGUGAAAUUCUACCACUUGACACGCCUGCGUUCACCCUUAAGGAAAAGGGUUACAAAGCUAUUAUUAUAUCCGGUGGACCUAGCUCUGUAUACGCAGAAGACGCGCCACGGUACGAUGCUGAUAUUUUUCGAAUAGGCAUACCGGUAUUAGGUAUCUGCUAUGGAAUGCAGAUGAUGAAUAAAGAAUUCGGCGGUACUGUCAUGAGAAAGGAAGCACGCGAAGAUGGACAGUUUCCUGUAGAAGUUGAUACCAAGUGCCUUUUAUUCAAGGGCUUGGAAAAAGAUCAAAUGGUCCUAUUGACCCAUGGAGACAGUAUAGAUAGGGUCGCCGAUACCUUCCGCACCACUGCCAAGUCCUCCAAUUUCGUAGUUGGUAUAGCCAGCGAUAAGAUGAACCUCUACGGCGUGCAGUUUCAUCCUGAGGUCGAUCUGACACCCAACGGUAAAACAAUGCUACACAAUUUUUUGUUUGGUGUCGCUGGUCUUACUGGUAAUUAUACUCUGCGUGGUAGAGAGUCUCAAUGCAUUCAAUAUAUUCGUGAAACUGUAGGCAACAAUAAAGUUUUGUUGUUGGUUAGCGGCGGUGUAGAUUCCACUGUAUGUGCAGCACUGCUACACAAGGCGCUUAGUAAGGAACAAGUAAUUGCACUUCACAUUGAUAAUGGGUUCAUGCGCAAGGGUGAAACACCAUUUGUAGAGCAGAGUUUAGCUGAACUAGGUGUGAAACUUCGUGUUGUGAAAGCAGCACAUAGCUUCAUGGAAGGCCAGACUACUGUGCCAAUGGAGACGAUCGGUGUACCGCCAAAUUCUGGGGGAACAAAUAAUAAAACAUUCAGUGGAAUCAGUGUGGUUGGGCCGAGGACAAGGCUGACGAAGAUGCUCUGUGCCACUACAAAUCCAGAAGAGAAGCGUAAGAUCAUCGGAGAUGUGUUUGUCAGAGUAGCUAACGAAGCGAUGACUGAGAUGGGACUGAAACCGGAAGAGGUGUUCCUCGGUCAGGGUACACUCAGGCCAGAUCUCAUUGAAAGUGCCAGCUCUUUAGUUAGCGGUAAAGCAGAUGCGAUAAAGACACAUCACAACGACAGCGAAUUGGUGAGAGCACUUAGAGAGCAAGGUCGAGUAGUAGAGCCAUUAACGGACUUUCAUAAGGACGAGGUUAGGCAGCUGGGUUGCGACCUCGGUCUGCCUUUUCCACUAGUAGCCCGCCAUCCAUUUCCUGGUCCAGGACUCGCUAUUCGCAUUCUUUGCGCUGAUGAGCCUUACAUGGACAAGGAUUUCUCCGAAACACAGGUAAUAGUUAAGAUAAUAGCGGAAUAUGAGCAAAUGCUUCAAAAGAAGCAUGCCCUUCUGAACCGCGUGGAGGGUGCUACCAGUGAAUCUGAACGGCAGCAUCUACGACGAGUAUCAAGCCACCGUCAUGUUGCCGCAACUCUCCUGCCCGUUCGCAGUGUCGGUGUCCAGGGUGACCGGCGGAGUUAUAGCUACGUGGUGGGACUCUCAUGCGACGAACCUUCUUUGGAUAACGUCGACUGGGAAGACAUACUUUUCCUGGCGCGACUGAUUCCUCGUGUCUGCCACAAUGUAAAUCGUGUGUGCUAUAUCUUCGGUCAGCUGGUGCAACAUCCUGUGACUGACAUCACGCCAACGCAUCUCACAUCAAACGUCAUCGCCACAUUACGCCAGGCAGAUCACCUGGCUAAUCAAGUAUUAGCCUCGAACGGUUGCAUGGGUGCCAUCAGCCAAAUGCCUGUUAUCCUUAUUCCGGUACAUUUUGACCGAGAUACCGUAUCCAGAGCGCCAUCUUGCCAGCGCUCAGUUGUUCUUAGGCCCUUCUGUUCCCGGGACUUCAUGACCGGAACUCCGGCUAUUCCUGGUAUAGAACUGCCCGUGCAUGUGGUAAAGAAAAUGGUGGCUGAGAUAUUGACGGUGCCCGGUAUUUCGCGUGUUCUAUAUGAUCUUACGUCCAAACCACCGGGCACCACCGAGUGGGAGUAGUGAAUGCUCAUGUCCGAUUCACCCCUUUCUAUUUUUUCACCACCCCUGCGCGUAACGAGAACAACAAACAAAAAAAAGUAAAAACUAUAUUUAAAAAAAUAUAUAUAUUGCAAAAACAUCCAAAAGCACGUAAAAGCCUUGUGACUUAUUACUGACCGACACCGAAGAGCUUAAGACGCGAAGCCGGUGCGUAUGCGAUGGAUCCGGAAGGUAAGUAUAAUCACCUUGUAAAUAUAUAUACUGUCCCUCCUUUUAUUUUCUAUACCGAUUAAUUUACUAGGAAAAUUGUAUAAAGGCGAUUAUUAUUUAUUCGAUAAACGACCAUGAUAACAAUGACAAUUUAUACAUGAAACGGGGCGACUUCGCACUCAGCAAGUUCGCACCUCAUUGGCGGUAGAAUUAAGUCGCUGUUGUACUCUACUCGCAUUGAAUUCUGGACAUGCUCGACGAUUCUCUUGUACGUCCGGUGCCAGACGCAAUUUCCGCUUCUGGUGAUGCAUCUGAAAAUGCGUAAACGCGCUAGGAUUAGUUGCGUUAGUUCGUUCCUAAUUUUUUGUCAUUUUUUAUCGAUGAUGUCUCAUGCUAAAAAUAUAACUUUACUCUCAUUUAC